CUCAAUUUAAGCUUGGCUUCAGUAAAUUAAUGAUAAGGUAUAACUCGGAAUUCGGCUUUCUUGGAAAGAACGACGGUUACUGUCAUUAGGAAUGAUAUCGCUCUCUUGAAAACAAUGCCAAUCAAUUUGGAUAGUUACAAGAAGAUAAGCGCGGUAGACUACUCGACAUUGUUUGGUCAAGAAAUAGUCGCUGCUGGAUACGGUAUCACGAAACAUAGUCACGGUAAUGUAUUUGCGUCCACAUUUCAUCUUAAUAAAAAUUUACAAGUGUUAAAGUUUUUAGUGAGGAAGUGCUCGGAAAAAGGAACAGAUGUCAUUCGUCCAAAUAUGUGUUUAAGUCCCCGAUGUGGAGGGACAUCUGUUGCAUGUGGUGGGGACUCUGGAGGGCCUCUACUACAUCCUUCGGGAAUCGUCGGCGUGUUAACAGCUAGUUCCAGCUUUGGAUGUAGGCCGGAUUUCAAAGCACAUGGAUACACUUUGGAUUUUGGAAUAGCCACCCCCGUUAGUCCCUAUAUACAAUGGAUUCAUGAUACAAUAAAAUGA